GCUCGUACUUCCUGGUGUUUUUUCUGUUACCUCUUCAGUCGCUCGUACGGAUUGGGCAAACAAGUCAACCUCUGGGGGGUUCCUUUGAUUGGGUCAACGGUUCUUGCCCCUUGGAGAGGCUGCCAUCAGUUCUCACUGUGCGUCUGCAGCUCUGCUGACAUCAGACAGGAAGACACACGGUCGAGUUACGGCAGAACAGAGACAGGAAACUGCUGCGGCUUCGUCACCGGCCUCAGGAUGACUGAAUUCUGGGUUUGUUUCAGCUGCUGUAUCGCCGAGCAGCCGCAGCCCAAACGGCGGCGACGAAUCGACCGAUCCAUGAUCGGCGAGCCAACAAACUUUGUUCACACCACACACGUCGGCUCAGGCGACAUGGGACUGGGAUUGGCCUCGGUGGACCUGGUUCAGGCCCAGAUGAAGUCCAAAGGUGGCUACGCACACGGCGGCUCUGAGGGGUCACAAUUAUAACAAGCCCUUCAUUGUGGUGGAAACUACUGUUUAUAUGAGGAAGCAGUUCAGUCCUUCAUGGACACAGGACCAAAAGAUAAAACUACUGCUUUUUCCCAUAAUGUUGUAUAUAUAAUUUUUACUUUUCAUUCCUUUUUUUUUAUGAAAGCACUGCUAUCCAUUUGCUGCCAUGCUGUUGCACUGUAAAGAGUACCAGUUAAUAGAGGAGGAAGAGGAGGCUUUAGUACGCUCAUCAUCUCAGUAAGUCAGACGUAUGCUUGUGUGUAUGCAUGAGGAACGACUAUUUUUGCUCUCGUAGCCCACAUUGGAUGCCUGUAUUUAUUAUCGCAUUUGCAAACGGACCUCACGGUGGCUGGGCCACGCUGCAGAUUUGGAACUUUCUGUUUCCGUCUUAUAUUCUCGGAGGUUUAACAAAGGACAGGUGGAGGGGGGGCAAGUUAAGUUUAUUUUUGUUUUCAUUCAGAGAAAUCUAACGAUCCUCUGAGUUGCCUUCAGGGUCUAAUAUUGCUGUUUUCUAAUAAUAAAAAAACUUGAAUUGAGUAGAGUACACUGGACCAUACAAUGUACACUCACGCCUGCUUAGGAGUUACGCUUUUUUUAUACUCAUUUAGAUUCAGUCAUGUAGAAUUUUAAUAAACUGUCAACUUCCUUAUCUGUCGUCAUGUUCUUAUUGUUUUUUUUAAUGAUUUUUAUUAGCAAAGGCCGAAGAUUGAGCUUAGUAGACUCGUAUUUUUAGAUUCUUGCUUUUAUUUGCAAAGGCAACAUGCCAGCCAGGAACUAAAACAAAACAAAGUAGCAUGGAUACCAGUGUUCAGUGUUCUCCCCCUUUAUGGGCCGAGUGAAUGCCCACCUUCACAGGCUUUUCAUGCUUUUUACCUCCACCGAGGAGUUUUUUUCCCCCCUCUGUGUUUUUUUGUUGUUUUUUUUUUGGUUGUCAGCAGGGUUACACCAAAACCUUUUGGGGGGGAGGGGGGGUAAGCUUAAUGAGUUUACCAUAAAAUUCAAGCACAUACAGGAGGACAGUGUACCAUUUGGUGCUCAUUCAAAUUAGGAUUGUUGACCAAUGUAUGCUCUCUACUGAGUGCCAUGAUACCGUAUUUCCCUCAAAUAGUAUAUUUACACUCAUCUUACACACCAGGCGUUUAUUUUGCGAGAAGGUGUGCGUAUCCUCCAAUAAGGGUGGCGCUAGACAUGCUUAUCUGUUGAUUGGACACAUAAGCAGUUUCUGAGAUCAUCCUUUUAUUGUUGUUUCAAUAAUACAUUUGGUGGAAAAGCUCACAGUUCGUUGGUUUCACCGAGCAAUUAAGCGAGACUUGGCGUAUUUUGUUUUCCUUUUUUAAAAAUGUUUUUUAUACCUUACAGCAGUGGAAAAUGAAUAGUAUUUGAUCAGUGAAAAAAAAAUACUUACAUUUUCUCAUUUUGCUUUUUAUUGGCAUUAUUGUUUAUUGGCUAAAGGGGGAAGACAAAACAUUUAAUAAUGGUGUAUGUGAAAUCUAUUUGAGGUUUGGCAUUUAAUUUUGUUUAUUUAAUUUGAAAAAAUAAUAAUCAAGGACGCACCAGACGAUAAAUUGAAGCAUUACAGCAAAGGCCACUGUUUGAGGAGAUGACAUUUUGUUCCAAAAUCUAUCUUUUUUUCUUUUAAAUCUUUUCUUAUUUUCUUAUUUUUCUUAUUUUUCUUCUUUCUUAUUUUCUUAUUUUCUUAUUUCUUAUUUUGCAUGUUUGUCACACUUAAAUGUUUCAGAUCAUCAAACAAAUUUAACUAUGAGUCAACACAACUGAACACAAAAUGCAGUUUUUCAACAACACAGGGCCAUGUAGGUUUUUGAUUUUUUUUUUUUGUCUCCCUUUAAUGAUAAAAAAUGUAUUUAAAAAAAAAAGCUUUUUGUGUUCCGUUGUGUUGUCAUUGACUAAUAAUUACAUUUGUUUGAUCAUCUGAAACAUUUAAGUGUGACAAUCAUACAAAAAAAAAAACUCAGGAGCGGAGCAAACGCUUUUUCACACCACUGUAUUUCUCAAGCCGAUGCUCAGUGCAUCCUCCUAUUAAAGCAAAGGCCACUAUUUAGGGAAAAUACGGUAAUUUUGCACUUGUCAGGCCUCCUAAAAGAUUUAUUUUUUGUUAGCGCAGUUUUAUUUGCAUUCUUAUUUUUCUCAUUGGACCUAAAAUCACAUCCAACUCCAUGUUGUUCACAUUGAUUGUUGUAACAUUGCUUCAGGAAGCUGCUUCUGUUUCAUUUAAAGUUUUAAAGAAAGGCCUUAAAGAGAGCAAAUAAUAUAGUGUGAAUGUUAACUAUUACACUCAGCGGGAGGGAACCAGUGUGCACAUUCUGUCCUCCAUUGCUCAAAGCAGGAUGUUUCAAUGGUAAUAGUCUUGAAUUCAAUGCAUGCGAUGUGUGUCUCUCAUGUGCAUCCUGUGGUGUGUACAACAGAAUGUAACUGUAUCAUAAAGCCAGCAAACAUGUUGUCGAUUAUGGUGUUAAGUGUCUGUACCAGGCAAGAUAUUAAAAAAAAAAAGAAGAAAAAAAAAAAGAAUAUACCAGCCAGAGUCUUUGUAUUAAAAGAGAUCUGUUUGUU